GGACCAAUCGAAUACAAAGGCCCCAUGAGUGCUGUUUACAUUGAGAAGUUUGUCCGCCGGGUGAUGAAACCACUUCUCUACAUCCCAUCUCAAUCAGAAUUACUAGAUUUUCUCUCAAACUACGAGCCUGGAGUACUCGGGUACUUUGAGUUCAGUGGCUCACCCCAGCCUCCUGGUUACUUGACCUUCUUCACCUCAGCAUUACAUUCAUUAAAGAAAGAUUACCUAGGAACAGUACGAUUUGGGGUUAUCACAAAUAAACAUCUUGCGAAACUGGUAUCCUUAGUACAGUCUGGAAGUGUGUAUUUACAUAGACAUUUCAACACAUCACUUGUCUUUCCCAGGGAGGUCAUGAACUACACAGCUGAAAACGUCUGUAAGUGGGCCUUAGAAAACCGGGAGAUGCUCUUUCGAUGGCUGCAGCCACAUGGAGGCAAGAGUCUCCUGCUGAAUAAUGAACUGAAGAAAGGACCAGCACUUUUUUUGUUUAUACCUUUUAAUCCCUUAGCCAAAAGUCAUCCUUUAAUCGAUGAGAUCACCGAAGUAGCCUUGGAAUACAACAACUGUCACGGGGACCAGGUAGUGGAGCGCCUCCUUCAGCACCUGCGACGGGUAGAUGCACCGGUGUUUGAGUCCCUGGCACCGGAGUCGCCACUGAUCAUGGCAUCCUCCUGCUGCAAUACUGUGGUGCUGCCCCAGUGGCACUCCCUCUCCAGGACCCACAACAUCUGUGAACUAUGCGUCAACCAGACCACUGGGGGCAUCAAGCCCAGCUCGGUCAGUGUGCCACAGUGCAGCUUUUUUGAGAUGGCAGCAGCUCUGGAUUCUUUCUACCUCAAGGAGCAGACCUUUUAUCAUGUGGCGUCAGACAGGAUACAGUGCAGCAAUUUUUUAACUUCCUACAGCCCUUUCAGCUACUACACUGCAUGUUGCAGGACCAUAAACAGGGGCGCAGCGGGCUUCGAACAAGAUGUCUUUGAAAGCCCGACCAUCACAUUUCCUUCCCUCGAGGAGAAGUGUGAGGUUGAUAUGCCAAGCUCCAUUCCUCAUGUUGAGGAGAACAGGUAUCUCUUUGCUGAAGUGGACAUGACUAGCACAGACUUCACAGGCCUGAGCUGCAGAACCAACAAGACCCUGAAUAUCUACCUUUUGGAUUCAAAUUUGUUUUGGUUAUAUGCAGAGAGACUGGGUGCACCAAGCUCCACUCGGGUGAAGGAAUUUGCCACGAUUGUUGAUGUGAAAGAAGAGUCUCAUUAUAUCUUGGAUCCAAAACAAGCUCUUAUGAAGUUCACCCUAGAGUCUUUUAUUCAAAACUUCAGUGUUCUCAACAGUCCCCUGAAAAGACAUCUCAUUGGAAGUGAUUCUGCCCAGUUCCCUUCUCAGCAUUUAAUCACUGAAGUGACAACUGAUACCUUUUGGGAAGUGGUUCAUCAGAAACAGGACGUUUUGCUGCUUUACUAUGCACAGUGGUGUGGCUUCUGUCCAUCCCUCAAUCACGUCUUUAUCCAGCUAGCUCGCCUCCUGCCAGUGGACACCUUCACUGUGGCAAGGAUUGAUGUGUCUCAGAAUGAUCUUCCUUGGGAAUUUAUGGUUGAUCGUCUUCCUACUGUGUUAUUUUUUCCGUGUAAAAGAAAGGACCUAAGUGUGAAAUACCCCGACGACCUCCCCAUUACCCUUCCAAAUCUGCUGAGGUUCAUUUUGCAUCACUCAGACCCUGCUUCUGCCCCCCAGAACUUGGCUAACCCUCCUACCAAAGAAUGUCUUCAGAGUGAGGCAGUCUUACAGCAGGGGCACAUCUCCCAUUUGGAGAGAGAGAUCCAGAAACUGAGAGCGGAAAUCAGCAGCCUUCAGAGAGCACAAGUGCAGGUGGAGGCCCAGCUCUCCAGAGCCCGCAGAGAUGAGCAUCGGCUGCUACGGCAGCAGCAGACCCUGGAGCAGCAGCACAGUCUGCUCCAGCAGCAGAGUGAGCAGCUUCAGACCCUGUACAUGCACAAGACCCGCGAGCUUGAGGAGCUGGCCCGCAAGCUGCAGGAGCUGGCCGAUGCCUCGGAAAACCUCCUCACCGAGAAUGCGUGGCUUAAGAUCCUGGUGGCGACCAUGGAGCAGAAGCUGGAGGGAAAGGACGAAGCUGAAAAGCUGGCUCCCCAGAGAGAGGCACGCUCUGACUCCCCUGAGCCCUCAGGUGCCCCCCGGUUACCUGGCAGCACCCCUCCACCUUCUAAUGUCAGCUCUGUGCUGGCAUCCAAAAGGAGUAACGAAAAUAGGACAGACUAACUUUUUAAAUGACGUGAAGAAAUUAGAGAUAUAAACUGUACAUUGGGAAUAUAUUUAUGCAAAUUUUAUUGAAAUUUAUUGUAAAUAAAGAUUUUCUCAGUGGUCUAGAAAAUCAA